AUGCGCACAGGAAAUUCCACCAAGUCCGCCAUGUCCGCCAUGUCAGGGAUGGGCACGACUGCAAACAGCACAGGGCAAAGGAUGGGAAUGAUGGGCAUGAUGGGCAUGGACAUGGGAAUGUCGAGUAUGAAAAUGGGGAUGUCGAGCAUGAGUACGAAAAUGUCAAUGAUGGGGAUGUCUAGCAUGAGCAACAAGAUGUCAAUGAUGGGAAUGUCAAUGAUGGGAAUGCCCAUAAUGUCAACCCCAAGGCCUACUCGCAGACCAACAAAUCGCCCAACCAAUCCACCAACUCCAAUCCCGACUGGAGCCCCAAGCAUAAGCACUCCAACUGCAACACCUACGACUGUGGCUCCCAAAAGUCCAAAUGCAGCUCCCACUGUCUCACCAGUAACUACGCCAUUUCCAUCCACUAGACCUCCUUCUACCAUUGCUCCCUCAGCAGCUGCAACGCCUGCACCCACAGUGCCAGUAUCUACUCUUGUUCCCUCUACUUCUACUCCCACCACAACAGCAACUACCCUUGGUCCAACUGUGGCUGGGACAACACCAACUCCCACAGUGCCAGGAACAACAAGCCCUACCCAACCAGGAUCCACGACGGCUCCCACUGCAGCAGGCUUUACUAAUGCUCCCACCACAGCAACAACCACCAUUGGCCCAACUGUGGGUGGGACAACAGCAACUCCUACAGCACCAGGAACACCAAGUCCCACAAUUCCAGGAUCUACUUUAGCACCCACCCCACUGGCUUCUACAAGUGCUCCCACCACAGCAGCAAUUACAGUUGGUCCAACUGUGGGUGGGACAACAGCAACUCCUACAGCACCAGGAACACCAAGUCCCACAAUUCCAGGAUCUACUCCAGCUCCAACUGUAGCAGGAUCUACUGCUGCUCCAACUGUAACAGGAUCUACUUCUACUCCCACUGCAGGGGUGACAACACUUCGCCUAGCUGUACCUGGGACUACACCCGCUCCCACUGUGCCUGGAACACCAAGCCCUACAAUUUCAGGAACCACAACUGCCCCUACAAUUUCAGUUUCUACUACUCGCCCCACCACAGCAGCAGCAGCUACACUUGCUCUUCCUGCUACUGGAACACCAUCUGCAACCACUGCAGGCAUUCAAGCAACCACAACAACAUUGCCCACAGCAGGAGCAGAAACUGUCCGAUCUUUUGAAAAUGGGUUCCCAGAAACCAUAAGAUUGGAUGAUGUUGGAACCACUUCUGCUGACAGGAGCACACGUGUCUUUCCAAUAACAAGCAGGUUAUCCUUCCAGUUCUUUCCAAACACAGGAAGAGAACCUAACAUCAAAGAAAUCAGUGCAAUGGUUCACCAAACUGUUUCCUUUUUUACACAAGAGUUCCAAAGCAAUCCCACAUUUGAAUCCAUGUUCAAAGGGUUGAAGCUUACCAAACUGAUUCCGAAGUACAGUGCUGAUGACGAUCCUGACAAGUUUACUCUGGAGUUUGUAGCACUGAUUGGUCUGGAUGCCCCCAAGUCACGAGAGGUGUCAGAUGAAAUGGUAUCCAAAGCAAUGGGCGAAGCUGAUUAUGAAACCUACAUUCACAGCUACGUUAGGGAGACGGGAUCAUGGAGCGAGUUCUACCAAACUUUUGCAGUUCAUUUUGCUGGUGUCAUUCAUGCGGGCUAG